AUCAUCCACUUAAAAUUUUUAAAAAACUAACACCGUAUUCGUAAUCAGCGACCUCCAUAACCCCAGAGUAAUACGUUUUAAACAAAUUCGAAAAAAUUUAUAAAAAAAGUCCACCAUAUUUAAUUCACCAUUUUGGAUUUUAGAAAAAUAACAUUGAAUUCGUAAUCAGCGACCCCAAAAACCCCCCCGGGUAAAAUUUUGAGCAAAUUUAUUACAUUUUUAAAAUCUUAAACUUUGCUGACAUACGUGCUCAAUUUCUUGUAUUUUAGCAUGACACUUAAAGGGUUAACAUUGAAAUAAAUAACAUUGAAAUUUUUAGUCGAUUUUAAAAUGUUUAAACAAUUCGUAAUUUUUAACAAUAAUUUAUGAAUUUUUUUAAACAAUAGAAAUUUUUUAACAUGAUCUAGGUUACAUAUACAUAUUUUAAAAGCCCUAUUCUUUCUGAAGAUAACGCACUAGACUCAAAAAUAUUAAUUUUUGUCAAUAAUAUUGAUUUUUUAGUAGGUGGAACGUAUAUAUGUCCUAGGGGCGUGAAAGGGUCGACAAAAUUAAAUUUUUGAAAAGUUAAAUUUAUAAACAAUAAAUUUUAAAAAAUUAGCGUGUUAAAAAUUAUUAAUAAUAAUAUUCAUUGUAGUUUUAGGGAUGUAAAACAAGUAAAAAAAAUUUUCAGAGUAUUAUGACUCAUCGUUUAAUAAUAGUCAAAUUAAUUCAUAAAGAAAUUGAAUUUUUAGAGAUUGAUUGUUUAAUAUUAGGAUAACAAUAAUAUAUUGUUUAUAAAACCUCAUUUAAAGUCAUUAAAUUAUAUCCUUAGAGUUUAUAAAUAAAAACAGGUGGUUAUUAAUAUCCAAAUAUGCCAUAAAAACAAGAAAAAGUAAACCAAAAGGUGGGACUUAUACGUCCCACCGCCCCUCAAAGGAGUUAUAUGUGAACGUCAGAAAAAUCGUAAAUAAAAAAGUUAACUUUUUAAUAUAUGAAUAACUAACAGUUUUUUUCUGAUUUUAGAAAUUUGGAGGCUUCUGAAAUAAUUUUGAAUGACGCAGAUUCAAAGGAUUUAUUAAAGCUACAAUAGAAGGUUACAAAUAUUUUUAAAACCUGUACAGAAGUUUUUAGUAAGAUAAAAUCAAAUUCAUUAUUAAUGAAAAAUGAGUAACAAUAUCUUCUCCUCUUUUACCCAAUUUUGUAAAAAUCAAGUUCGUGUAAUUUCUGAACUUUGCACCAAAAGAGCAAAUAGUGUUUUGGUUCAAAAAUUAGAGGAAAAAAGUGAACCAAAGAUAAAUAAGUCUAAUGUGAAAGUGAACUCUACAGGUUCAAUUCGUCAAAUGCCAGAAGAUGGGCAAGAUGAUUGCUUCGAGAUGGGGAGCACGGCUACACGAAUAUGUUGAUCAAAGGCAUAAAAAAUUAGGUCCUAUUUACCGGAGUAAUGCUGGGUCUACUUCAACAGUUUUUAUAAAUUCCUCAGAAGAAUACCGAAAAAUUUUUCUGGAAUUGGAAGGACCGACACCAAAACACUUCUUACCAGAAGCUUGGAUUCUUUACAACGAAGAAUUUAAAAAACAACGCGGACUUUUUUUCAUGGAUGGAGAAGAAUGGUUGCACUUUCGAAAAAUACUGAACAAACUUCUUCUUAAAACUAAUUCUACGGACUACAUGAUCCAUCCGUGUGAUGUUGUUGCAAAAGAUUUGGUGGACACUUUAAAUCCGUAUGCAAAAAACGGACUUGUUGUGCCAAACUUAAAAUUAGAAAUUUACAAUUUUUCUAUUCAAGCAAUACUGGCUACUCUAAUGGGUUCCAAAUGGUGCCAGUGUAAAGAAGAAAUUUUAAAAGAAACAGACCAACUACCUGUAAUCUUACACAAAAUAUUUCAAUGUUCUAGUCGAUUGAAUGUGAUAUCGGCAACUAAUGCAAAGAAGAGAAAUUCAUUAUGGUGGCGUCAAUUUGUUAACUCUGUAGAUGAUGCUCUGGCUGCAGUUAAGCAUCUCGUACAUCUUUUACUUAAACUUAAUGGGGAUGGAUUACUUUACUUGAUGAUGAAUGCAGGAAUUAAAUCUGAGGAUCUUGUAAGAAUUGUUGCUGACUUAAUAAUUGCAGCUGGAGAUACGUCAACAUCAACUAUGCAGUGGGCUUUAUAUUUACUAAGUACCAAUAUUGAAACGCAAGAGAAACUUCACGACAGACUUAGAGGUAAAGAGGGAAAGGAAAUAAUUUCUGACAUAUUUUUGAAAGGAGUUAUCAAAGAAACACUGCGUCUUUACCCAACGGCACCGUUUCUCACCCGAUAUAUAUCUAAAGAUGCCGUUAUUGGAGGAUAUACAGUGAACAAAAAGGAACUGCUUUUAAUGAGCUUGUAUUCAAGUGGUAGAAGUUCUGAGAAUUUUGUGGAACCAGAUAAAUUUUUACCAGAAAGAUGGAUACGAUUAGAAAAGCGUGGUUACUAUGGAGUUCACAAACCUGGUGCUACUAUUCCAUUUGCCAUUGGAGUUCGAAGUUGCAUUGGCAAAAAAUUAGCAGAAAUCAAAAUAAGUUUAGCUUUAGCUCAGAUCCUUAGAAACUUUAACAUAGAAUGUACAAACAAACUGCCAGUGAAGAUGGUUUUACAAUUGAUUGCAGAAACGUCAAAACCGCUACAACUAAAAUUAACGCCUAGAUGACAUAAGGACUAAAUGAAUUAAAUCAAAAGUGCACAUUACUUUAACUUUUAACAUUUACUAUUAAUUUUUUUUUAUUUAAUUCUCUUUAUUUAUAUUAAUUGCAAAAUUUUGAAUAAAAUUUUUUUAGAACUAUA